AUGAGUUACCCAACCCAACAGCUACAGCCCUUCACGCUGUACAUGACGAUCUCCGUUCCCGAGGUGCCACCGCAUACCAUUGCUCAUAUCUACGACGUCGACUCAAGCAAUAUCGGGAUUGUACAUCUUGAAGGCUUAGAAGGGACCCCGCAACAUGUUGUAGGCUCCGAGAAGUUCGAAUGGGGGAUAUACUGGCACCGCGAGCUUGGUGAUGGGACGUGGUACAGCUUCCGCUUCACCCCUCCCGAGAUGUACAAAGGACCGCCAGGACUGUACCAGCCUUGGAUCUACAGCCAGGCCACCUUGAAGCAGUCGCCACGCCUUCAUCACCACGUCGUCGGACUCAUACGAAUCAUACGCGUCCCCGAUGCCAUCGGCUCUGGUAUCACGGCUUACCUCGACUGGAUGGCUCCUCUGAUUGCUACCAAGGCGAAGCGCGGUGACCUUUGGGCAAUGUCGGUUUGCCUGCGAACGCGAAAAUACGUGGCUAGGGAGCGAAAGACGGAGGACAGGGGAGUCGAGAGGUUUGAUGCCACUCUCUUCACCGUGGAGGCCGUGCAGUUUGCCUAUCGUGAGGUGUAG